AUGAGCGACGAGGAAGAGUACGAGUUCGAGUACAGCGACGACGAUGACAUGGGCGACGUCCAGGACGAGGAGUCGGUCGAGGUCCGCCUAGAGAACCAGUACUACGUGGCGAAGGGUCUCAAGGAGGACUGCGCGCCGGCGGACGCGGGCCUCGCCGUGGACGCCGCCUUCGCCGAGGUGCUCGCGCUCGACCAAGACGGCGAGAGCAUCUGGGGCUUCCGCGCGCUCAAGCAGCUGAUCAAGUGGCAGCUUCGGCGCCAUCGACUCGAGGCGGCCAUGGGCCACUACGAAGCGCUGCUCAAGCGCAUCUCGACGUCGGCGACCAUCACGCGCAACAUGGGCGAGAAGGGCGUCAAUGGCAUCCUCGACUUCGUCUCCAACACGCCGCAUGCAAGCAGCACUGCGGCCUGGUCGAUCCUCCAAGAGUUUUACGAGAAGACGCUUGAGACGCUCCAGAAGAAGGAGACGCGCAACGAGCGCCUCUGGUUCAAGACGAACCUCAAGCUCGGAAACGUGCUCUUUGAGCAGAUCGAGGCCGCGCCGGACACUGCCAAGCACCUCCGCCUCUUCCAGAUUGUCAAGGAGCUCCUCGCGUCCUGCGAUGCACUCGACACGGACGUGGACGACGAGAACGGGCCGAAUCUCAAUGUCAAAAAAGACUCGCAGCUCCUCGAGGUGUACGCACUUCAGAUUCAGCUCUACACGGCGCAGAAAGACAACAAGAAGCUCGACGAGCUGUACGAGAAGGCGCUGCGCGUCAAGCCCGGCGUCGCGCACCCGCGCAUCAUUGGCGUCAUCCGUGAGUGCGGCGGCAAGAUGCACAUGAUGCAGGAGGCGUGGGACUUGGCGCGAAGCGAUUUCUUCGAGGGCUUCAAGAGCUAUGACGAGGCCGGCGAGCCGCGCCGUCUCCAGUGCCUCAAAUACCUCGUGCUCGCCAACAUGCUGAGUGACUCGAAGAUUAACGUGUUCGACUCGCAAGAGGCCAAGCCCUAUGAGAACGACAAGGCGAUCUCGGCCAUGACAGAGCUCACCGACGCCUUCUUGCACAACGACAUUUGCACGUUUGAAUCGAUCCUCAAGCGCCACCACGACAACAUUAUGGGGGACGGCUUCUUGAAGCAGUACAUUACAAACCUCCUCAAGACGAUUCGCAGCAAGGUCUUGCUCCAGCUCGUGAAACCGUAUCAGAUGGUGCACCUCUCGCACUUGGCGGCGGAGCUCAAUGGUAUAUCGGAGCGCGACGUCGAAGAGCUCUGCGCGUCGCUCAUUUUGGAAGGUCGCCUCGUGGGUCAAAUCGACCAGAUCCAGGGCCGCCUCGUGCUACCGCGGCGCAAGACCGAGAGCACUAAAACGUACAUUGCGCUCGACGAGUGGAGUUGCAAGCUCGACCGGCUUCGAGGACUUCUCAACCAAAAGCACGUCGACUAGGAACUCGCCAUUGAUCCCCGUACUACGUAGUUGACCGGGUAUCCAUACAGUGUAUCAGCCCGACCAUUUUGUUCUAUAAACGC